AUGAACCAUCAAAGAAUCCACAAUGGUGAGAAAUUUCAUAAAUGUAAGGGGUGUGGGAAAGGCUUUAUUUGGUGCUCAAGCCUUCUAAUGCACUUACGGAACCAUUCUGGGGAACCUCUCAAAUGCAAUGAAUGUGGGAAAGCAUUUUCUCAAAGUGCUUAUCUUCUAAACCACCAGAGAAUUCACACCAGGGAGAAACCAUAUAAAUGUAAGGAGUGUGGAAAGGGCUUCUACAGACACUCAGGCCUUUUUAUACAUCUACGACACCAUUAAGGGGAGAAACCAUAUAAAUGUGAUGAAUGUGGUGAGUUUUCUAAGAAUGCUUACCUUAUUGACCACCAGAGGCCCCACAAAGGGAAAGAACCUUAUAAAUGCAACAAAUGUCAAAAAGCUUCCAUUCUCAAGAGCCUUAUUCUGCAUCACAGAAUCCACUCUGGGGAAAAACCCUAUAAAUAUGAUGAAUGUGGGAAAAUAUUUGCUUAAACCACCUACCUUGUUGACCAUCAGUGACUUUAGAGUGCAGAGAACCCUUAAAAAUGUAAGGAAUGUGGAAAAAUUUUCAUUUGAAGCAAAAGCCUCCUUUUACACCAGUGAGUCCACACAGAGAAGAACUUUGGUUGUAAGAAAUGUGGGAAGAUUUUCAGUUCUGAGUCAAAUCUCAUUGACCAUAAAAGGAUGCACAACAGAGGGAAACCUUUCAAAUGCAAUGAUUAUGGCAAAGACUUUACUUAGGGUGCUUCCCUGUUUGACCAUCAGAAACUCCACAAUGGAGAAAAGCCCUAUGAAUAUAAUCAGUGUGGGAAAGUUUUUAUUCUGAAGAAAAGCCUCAUUUAGCAUCAAAGGUUCCCUAUUGGAGAGAAUCUCUAUGAAUGAGACUGUGGUAAAGUAUUUGGAUUCAACAGACACCUUCUUGACCAUGAGAGACUCUAUAAUGUGGAGAAGCCAUAUGAAUGUGGAGAGUGUGGGAAAACCUUUAUUAUGAGCAGAAGUUCCAUGGUCCAUCAGAAACUCCAUACCCAGGAGAAAGCUUACUGUGGGAGCUUGCUUGUACAUCAGAGAAUCCACACUGGAGAAAAGCCUUUUGAAUGUAGCGAAUGUGGAAGAGCUGUUAGUUCAAACAGGAACCUCAUUGAACAUAAGAGAAUCCAUGGUGGUGAGACUUGUGAAUGCAAUGGAUAUGGAAAGUGCUUCAUUCUGAAGAAAAGCCUCAUUGAGCAUUAAAAGAUUCACACAAGGCAGAAAUCCUACAAGUGCAAUGACUGUGGAAAAGUCUUCAGUUACCACUCAAACCUGAUAGCCUUUGAGAAUCUACACUGGUGA